AUGAACGAAACGCUCUCUAGCCCUACGGAGAAACUUUCGCUAACUGGCGACUCGGCGGAGGAGGUAGACUUACUCCGGCGAAGCAAGAAAAAAACGAAGAGGGGUCUGGCAGAGAGGGAUGACGCAACAAUGGAGAUGGAAGAGGACGGGAGAGAGAGCCAGCCGAUAGACAUGGAUUUGAAUGGCAAGGGUCCAAAUGGGCAAACUAUCCAAUCAGUGAAGGGUCCUGCGAGAUCAUUCAAGGGUGCGCUAACAAGGCUGAAGGAUAGGGUGACGUUCACAGAGGACGUAUUUGAUGAUGAAGCAGGUGAACAAGAAGAUGAUGAUCCGGAUUGCCCAGUGGUUAAACUCACGAAGGAGGAGAAGAAACGCAUGAGAAGAAGGUGGGAAAAUACUUUGAUCAUUAAGGUGUUGGGGAAAGUGGUUGGAUACAAUUAUCUCCUAAGGCGCUUGAGAACUAUUUGGAACCCAAAGUCUGGGAUGGACCUCAUAGCUAUACAAAAUGGAUAUUUCUUGGUACGAUUUGCGUCAGUGGCUGAUUACGAACAUGCUAAACUUGAAGGUCCAUGGACGGUGCUGGAUCACUGCCUUGCCGUCAAAGAAUGGGAACCGAACUUCGAUCCCAUGCGUGAUGAAACACAAAGGCUACUUGUAUGGGUUAGAUUUCCAUGCUUGCCGAUUGAAUACUACGAUUACGAGUUCUUAAUGAGGGUUGGAGACAUGAUAGGGAAGGCGAAAAAAGUAGAUCAUGCGACGAGUAUGGCUUCCCGUGGACUCUUUGCCAGAGUGUGCGUGGAAGUUGAUAUUACCAAGCCCCUGCUUGCAAGAUUCACGUUAAGAAACAAAAGGAGAACCAUUGAGUAUGAAGGCCUUCAUCUCGUUUGUUUCAAAUGUGGGAUGGUGGGGCACAGGAAAGAGGGAUGCAAGGUAGUCGAACAACAACCGGAAGAAACGCCGCCGGAGAUAGGCGGCGGAAGAUCGGAGAACACGACUGGAAGUGCGACGGAAACCAACUAA